AUGCAGGGCGAGAUUUCACCUCAGCGGCCACCGGCCACUGACCUUCGGCCUUUGCAUAGUCUCAAUGAGAACGGAGAAGCUAUUGCUCUUGUUCAGUCGAGCUGGUCAAGCUCGAUUGACUUACCAUCAAACAAUGACGCGGCACGCGACGCCUUCUUCAAACUUGUCUCUCAAAUAACGGUUGUCAACAUCGGAGAGCCAUUUUGUAUUGAGGAUGCUAUGCUUGAGGGCUACUGGCUAGCUCAUACCACCCAGAAUGGACAGGAUGUCAGCUAUUCUUUCGUCAAACACAACAAAGAUCAGGGAGAAAUACCUACCGACUUUUCAAUCGGGGCAGGAAAGGUACGAGAAGCCAAAAAAAUCAAAGCUGAUUUCCAUACUGACAGUAAUGUUAGGGUCUUCAAUUUCAUUCAACAGCGGGUGAAGUGA